AUGUUACGUUUACUUAUAUUCAUAUGUAUUCUACAAUAUUCCAUUGGUGCUAUUCUUCGUGGUCGUAUUUUACUUGAUGGUGAUGCAACUAAAACUGUUUCUAUACCAGCUGGUAGUAGUUGUGCUGUUCAUUUUGAAGAUACAUCAAUACCUGAUAUGGCAGCAAAAGAUAUAAAUGCUACAGAACUUUCAAAUUUAAUUGGUUUUCCAAUUAAUUAUGAAAUGACAAUACCAAAUAAUCUUCAGCCAAUAUUCUUAUAUUCAUUAUCAGUUCGAAUAACAAAUGGAAACACUCUUUUAUAUAUCAAUACUGUGCGUGUAAUUGUGCCAAUUACAAAUGGUAGUCUAAUUACGGUUGAUAUUCCAGUAACAAAUGUUCAGCAAAAUCCACAAAAUGUUAGUAAACCAGUUUCAUCUGAGGAUAAUGGAAAAUAUUCAUGGCCAGAAAUGCUUGGAAAAGAUGGUACACUAGCCGUACAAUAUAUCAAAAUGAAGAGUAAUCUUACUAAUGUAUUUACCGUUCCUGAAAACUCGUUCAUAACGAUGGAUUAUCGAACUGAUCGUGUACGUGUUUUUGUCGAUAACAAUAACAUUGUAACUAAAGUACCUCGUGUUGGUUAA